UUGAAAAAUGAAAAGAUGCCCGCGAAAUUUUCAACGCUCAUUUUCAUCUCUUGAUCAAUUUAUUUUUCAGCUUUAUUGAUUAAAUUUAUGAAAAAAUUGUAAUAUUUGAAGAAUCUCCCAAAUGCUGAAACACCAACAGAUCGUUUAAAUCAUCGAAACCUCUACCGGCAUCUCGUCUUCUCUUCUGGAAUACAGUGAUAUUAUUCAUCAGUCAUGGAGAUAGAGGACGAUUUUAUGGAUGAUGAGUUGAUGAAUGUAGAUAUACCCAAUGCUGAAGAUUUGAAACCUGAAUGGAAAAGACCCCCACUAAGAAAUUUCGAUCCUGAUAAAGAUGCAAUCACAUUCCAACAACUUACCAUCGAUCAUAUCCAAGGUGAUUCGUACCCUGGAAUGCCAGGUCCUCAAGACAACAAUGUCCCUAUUUUCAGAGUAUUCGGUCUCACAAUGGAUGGAAAUUCAGUCUGUUGUCACAUCCAUGGAUUUUCACCCUACUUCUACGUAGAUGCUCCUUCCAAUUUCAAACCCGAACAUUGCCAGCCGUUCAAAAACGCUUUGGAUUCUCAACUAUCUAAAGAAAUCAAAGAUUGCAACUCGGGAGCAGUUCUGAUGGUAGAAAUCGUACAAAAGAAGAGUUUAGUCGGUUAUUGGGGCGAUAAUUUCGAUAAUUUUUUAAAAAUCACCGUCAAAUUGCCGAAUUACGUAGGAAUAGCUAAACGAUUAUUUUCAAAAGGGCUUUCAAUGCCUCCGAGUCCUCAUCAUCAGUUUGAAUGUUACGAAACAAAUAUUGAUUUUGAUAUCAGAUUCAUGGUGGAUUCCGAUAUUGUGGGAUGCAACUGGAUAGAAUUACCAGCUGGUAAAUGGUUCAUGAGGAAAUUCAAUACAAAACCGAAGAACACUUCGUUGUGUCAGAUAGAAGUUGACAUAUCAUACGAAAAUAUUAUAUCUCAUGCUCCCGAAGGCGAAUGGAGUAAAGUGGCACCUUUUCGUAUUUUAAGUUUCGAUAUCGAGUGUGCUGGACGUGCUGGUGUAUUUCCUGAACCGAAAUUCGAUCCUGUGAUCCAAAUCGCGAACGUAGUCAGCUGUCACGGUAAAGCUGAACGAAUUAUCACCAAUGUUUUCACGUUGAAGUCUUGCGAUCCUAUUGUUGGCUGUGAUGUAAUUAGUUUCGAGUCUGAAAAGGAUAUGUUGAAGAGAUGGGCUGAAUUCGUAAGAAUUGUAGAUCCGGAUGUAAUAACAGGAUACAACAUAAACAAUUUCGAUUUACCUUAUUUAAUCGAUAGAGCGAAUCACAUCAAAGUAGACGAUUUCACUUUAUUGGGCAGAGAAAGAAAUAAAAAAUCCGUCGUGAAAAGUCAUACUAUUCAGAGUAAACAAAUGGGAAAAAGAGUAAUUAAAAGUAUCAACUCCGAAGGAAGAAUGGUUUUUGAUUUAUUUUUGGUCAUUUGUCACGAGUAUAAAUUACGUUCAUAUUCUUUGAAUUCGGUCAGUUCACAUUUCUUAGGCGAGCAAAAAGAAGACGUACAUUUCAGCAUUAUCACAACAUUGCAAAAUGGAAACGCUCAAACCAGACGAAGGUUAGCAGUCUAUUGUUUGAAAGAUGCUCAGUUGCCCUUAAAAUUAAUGGAGAAGCUGAUGUGUUUCAUUAACUACAUGGAAAUGGCUCGUGUAACCGGUGUACCUCUUGAUUGUUUGGUCACACGGGGACAACAGAUUAAAGUUGUUUCUCAGUUAUUAAGAAAAAGCAAAGAGAAGAACUACGUGAUGCCAGUCUACCACAGUGAAGGAGGAACCGAUGAACAAUUCGAAGGUGCAACCGUAAUCGAACCAAUCAGAGGAUAUUAUUCCCAACCUAUCGUCACCCUAGAUUUUAAUUCUCUGUACCCGAGCAUCAUGAUAGCUCAUAAUUUAUGUUACACUUCGUUGAUCAAACCUCACGCUAAAGAUAAAUUAGGUCUGAAUCCGGAUCAAAUCACUGAAACUCCGGCAGGCCAUCUAUUCGUAAAAAGUUCAACUUUAAAAGGCCUCCUGCCAGAAAUCUUGGAGGAUUUACUGAGUGCUCGUAAAAAAGCCAAGUUAGAUUUGAAAAACGAAACUUGUCCUUUUAAAAGAAUGGUUUUAGAUGGUAGACAACUUGCUUUGAAAAUCAGCGCCAAUUCCGUCUAUGGGUUUACCGGUGCUCAAGUUGGAAAACUCCCAUGUUUAGAAAUUUCAGCUAGUGUGACAGCUUAUGGUAGAACUAUGAUUGAGAAAACCAAGCAAGAAAUUGAACAUCGUUACCGUAUUGAAAAUGGUUACGAGCAUGAUGCUACGGUAAUUUACGGUGAUACUGAUUCGGUAAUGGUGAAUUUUUAUGUGAAUUCGGUCGAAGAUGGUAUGAAGAUAGGAGCCGAUGCUGCUGCAUUCGUCAGUGAGAAGUUCAUAAAACCGAUUAAAAUCGAGUUUGAAAAAGUCUACUUUCCAUAUUUAUUAAUUAAUAAGAAAAGAUACGCCGGUUUGUACUUCACCAAGGCUGAUAAAUACGAUAAAAUGGAUUGCAAAGGAUUAGAAACCGUAAGACGUGAUAAUUGUCCUUUAGUAGCCAAUGUAAUGAAUACCUGCUUGAAUAAACUCCUCAUCGAAAGAGAUCCUGACGAUGCUUUAGCUUACGCUAAACAAAUCAUUACUGAUUUAUUAUGCAACAGAAUAGAUAUCUCACAGUUGGUCAUCACGAAAGAGUUGACCAAGAAUGAAUAUGCUGCCAAGCAAGCUCACGUAGAAUUGGCGAAGAAAAUGGAGAAACGUGAUAAAGGUACAGCUCCGAAGCUCGGUGAUCGUGUACCUUAUGUUCUUAUCACUGGUACCAAAGGUACUCCUGCGUAUAUGAGGGCUGAGGAUCCCAUUUAUGUGUUGGAAAAUAGUAUUCCUAUCGAUACGACUUAUUAUUUGGAAAACCAGCUAUCGAAACCAUUGUUGAGAAUAUUUUCACCUAUUCUGGGCGAUAAAGCUGAAUCUCUUUUGCUGAGAGGUGACCAUACGAGAACAAAGACUAUCGUAACGUCACGAGUAGGUGCUUUAUCUGCCUUCACGAAAAAACGAGAGGUUUGCAUCGGAUGCAAAUCUAUUCUUCCAGUUAAUUCUCCGCAUAGUGCUCUUUGUCAACAUUGCCUUCCCAAAGAGUCAGUUUUAUAUCAACAGGAAAUGAAAAAAAUGAAUGAUUUGGAAAUAUCAUUUUGUCGUUUAUGGACACAAUGUCAAAAUUGUCAAGGAAGUCUUCACGAGGAAGUCCUUUGUACCAGUCGAGACUGUCCCAUAUUUUACAUGCGGAAAAAAGUUCAACUCGAUUUGGCAACUCAAGAUAAAAUGGUUCAACGUUUUGGAAAUCCGUAGUGUGUUCUUUCAUGAAAUUUGUAAUUCAAUUUUUUCAUUUUUAAAAAAUAUAGGUACAUCAUGUGUUGCAAUACACUGCCUCAUAACUGUUCAAAUAUAACAUUUUUUAUAAAAUGGC